AUGUCGACUGACCGGAGCGCUGUCGUGUCCCUGGCGGAGGGAGAGAAGGCCAUCAUCCGCCGGACCUGGGCCAUCGCCUCGAGGGACAUGGCAGGGAACGGCGCCAACAUCCUUCUGAAAAUGUUCGAGAUCAAUCCGGAGACGAAGAAAGUCUUCGCCAAAUUCCGGGACAUUCCGGACAACCAACUCCGGAGCACGCCGCGAUUCCGUGCUCAUGUGACCCGGGUCAUGGCGUCCAUCGGCACGGUUGUGAGCGCCUUGGACGAUCAGGAGGUUUUGCUGGAUCUGUUCAAAGACAUCGGCAAGAAGCAUCACCCUCCAAGGAUCCCCGAGGAAUAUUUCGACGUUAUUGCUGGCGCCAUCCUGUGCAUGCUGCAGCGGUGCCUGGGUACAGACUACACGGCGGAGGUGGACGCGGCGUGGACCAAGCUGUACGGGGGGCUCAGCCGUCAUGCCAAGGACGGUCUGAAGGAGGCUUCCGCCAUGAAGGCACCGUAA